AUGCGUCCUGAAUGUUUCCCUGACGAAGGAUUUACCGGCGCCAGCUGCGAAUUCCGACAAAACACAAUCAAUAGAACAGAUAUCACGGAGACAAAAUUUGGCAGUUCACAAAUCGAUAUCCUUACCCCUGAGCCGUUUCCUAAUUCGGAUCUGUGUGACCGAGUCGACUGCACAUUCCACCCCAGAUACACCGAUCGUAUCUGUCGGGCUGACUGUGUCCUCAAAGGUUGUCUAGGUUUGGACGGACUGCGAGAUUGCCCACACUGGCAAGCCUGUCUUGCAGCUUCCACAACCCGAGCAGCUACAUCUAUACAGGACUCUUGUCUGGGCACAUUUCAAAAUGGACAAUGUGACCCAACAUGCAAUGUGCCCGAAUGUUAUUACGAUGGACUGGAUUGCGUAGGCACAAGGACCACGUGCGAACACAGAGAGUUUUGUACAACUCACUACGGUGAUGGCGUCUGUCAGUCAGAAUGUGCCGAUUCCGUUUGUGGAUUCGAUGGUGGUGAUUGUCUGCACGCUCCGCUACCAACCGACCCACUGGUUCUCAGCUCAUCCAUUCCCCCCACCACGCUGCAACCGACGCCGGCGGCGCAGCGGGAACCAAUUCUGUUUCUGGCCGUAUUGAAUACCACAACGUCACAAUUCACACUGCAUCGGUCUCAUUUUCUGUCCACAGUCGGAAUACUUGUUCGUGGUAUUACUCGAGUAUGGAAAAAUCCUCGAACCGGGUCGGAGCUUGUCCUCAAUCUGGCGUCUGAAAGAGAAAUGAAGCUCGUUUUAGCCAUUUGGCUGUGUCCGCCGUCGCCAAAUUGGACGGAAUGUACCAAUCCAUUCGUUCGGCAAACUCCUAGAGCUGUGGCUGAAUUUAUCCAGACCGCCUUUGCACUCGAUCAGACAAAACAAAAAACAGGUGAUUCGAAGAAAAUCAUUCGAAUGAAACGUUUAGCCCCGAUCGAGGAUAGCGGUCAGUUGGAUUUCACGAUUGGUACGGAACCCUCAUGGUCUGGAUUUCUACGGUCCAAAGAAGCGAUCGGCAUCUAUGUUUGUCUAUGCGUAUUAGCCGGAAUUAUCAUAAUCCUCGUGAUAUUCCUCGUUCUGCAACGAGAUCCAUGGCAUAAACCGGCCAAGCGUGUGUAUACCACCGGCGUCUGGUGUCCACCGGUACCGAUGGGACUCAAGCAGGAGUCACGACAAUUGGGUCACGUAACUGGGUUCCUGCAGUCGGACCCCCAAGACCCAGCCACAUCGUAUAAGCAGCACGAAUCCUUGCUCAACUCUUUCACAAGAGAACUACAGAGCAUGGAAAUGCAGAAUAAAAGUGAAACCUAUGUGACCGGAGAUGGUGUUGAACGGACAGAUGCAGGCAUCACACUCGACUUGAAUACCUUUGACAAAAGGACAAAGGUUUCUGAAAACCGUUUGAAGCGGAAGUAUUUUGAGGCCGAUUUGCUAUUAUCAGGUGAGGCGUUUGGGGAUUCCAUUGAGCCUCCGCGUAAAUCUGCGUGCACGAAUCACAAAAUGGUACAUCCAAGUCUCAUGAUAAGGAAGAAGGAAUCAAAUGAUGGUUUAAAACUGAAAAAUGAAUAUCGCCAAAUACAUAACGAUCUCACAUCUGUACCCAAUCAUCAAUCAGAUUGUUCUGUGGAUACGCGCAACCGGUUAAUUCAAGUUCUCGAAUCUCAAGAUGGAUUGCAUCCGUUGAACGUGCAAGAUAUCACUAUGGUUCAAGGACUGAUGCAGGUACAUACACGAGAAAUUCGAGAAAACCCUGAUGAAUAUGGAUUUGCACUUAAUACGGAACGAAAAACCGGGUACAGUCCGCCGGGACAUAAUGGAACAAGCCAAUUACGAAAUAAAACUGCUCUGUCGAAUGAACAGUGGCAAGGAUUUUGUGCUAUCCGUNUGCAACCCGAUCACCUCGGUUAUGCGGUCUCGAUGCCAGACGGCGUUGGAAGAACCCCGUUGGUAACUGCAGCAGCAGCAAACUCAUUGGAAACAGUCAGUGCAUUAUACCAGUUGGAGAAAGAGGCUGCAGCAAAUAAUAAAGUUCAUUCAAAUAAAAAAUCAAUUGAAGAUGCUUCGACAUUGACAGCUUCAACUGCAACAAUUACAACCAAGUCACGCCGACGACAGAAACAAUCAGAACCAAGGCAGACCACCGCUCUAAUCAAAGCAGUUCAAAAUGGAAACGAAGAGACUGUACUCUAUCUGAUCGAUGAGGGUCAUCAAGUGAAUGGUGUGGACGAAUUCGGUCGAAAUGUGGUCCAUUGGGCAGCUGCCACUAACUCUGUGUCUCUUUUACAACGUUUGGUACAAUGCAAGGGAUUCAAUCGGCUGGUUAAUGCACGUGACGAAUUCGACCACACACCACUGAUGCUUGCUACACGUGAAGGUUGGGAGGAGGCAGUUCGAUUUCUAUUGGAGCACAAGGCUAGUGUACUUCCUACAGAUUGUGCGGAGAAUGAUCCUUUAAAAAUUGCCCAAAGUAAAGGAUUCACAACCAUUGAAAGUCUACUCCUGAAGUAUUACAAUCCCGAAGGUUGUACGAUCAGUGGUCAGACGGAAUCAGGCUCAAAAGGCAAGUACCACGAGUCUCCAUUUGCCAAAGGCACAGGAUCCCCCAGUGAAACUUCAGACUUUGAUACUCAGAGUAUUGAGGCUGACUCUGAAGACGUGGAGCCGAUUUCCUCUGUUCUCUUGAAGCAUCAAUCAAACCCAUGGCAUCCAACAAAAAUUGAAGAUAGAGCCCGGCUUCGCUGCAAUAUCGAGCCCACCAAUGUAUCUUUGCGACCAAGUAGGGAAUUUAUACAGCUCAUAAAUCCCAUGGUUGGUUCAGAUCCCCCAGUCGAGGGUACUAAGCAUUCGUGA